AAGGCAGCCAUCAAAUUUUAUUUCGCUUACAAACCAGCCAUCAUACAGUUUUGUACUAGUUACUGCUAGCUGAAACAAAAAACAUUUUAGACUUUUCAGUACCCCAAACAUCUAUAUAAAGAGACCCAGAGACAGGGCACUCAUAUCCCACAAUAAACCCCAAUUAAACCUUUCGAAACCUAUUACAAUUCACACAUUGGUGAGCCAUCCAUGGCAUUGGCACGUCUUCAAAUCCUCGUAGCACUUUCCUUGGUGCCUUUUUUUCUUUUUCCGGUUGCUUUAGGAUAUAGGGCUAAUGAUGUGAGAUCAUGGUGCAGGAAAACUCCUAACCCACAGCCGUGCGAGUAUUUUUUGAGCCAUGAUCCCAAAAACACCCCAAUCAAAGAUGAGUCCCAAUUUUUCAAAAUCUCCAUGCACCUCGCUCUAGAGCGUGCCGCACGAGCAGAAAGUAACACGCAUUCAUUGGGCCCUAAGUGCCGGAAUGGACGUGAAAAGGCUGCAUGGUCCGAUUGCGUAAACCUGUAUGAGUUAACCAUCCUUCGUCUCAACAGAACUGUUGAUUCCGGCACCAAUCUCAAUAAGGAUGAUGCUCAAACAUGGCUCAGCACGGCUUUAACCAAUCUCGAAACAUGCCGGACCGGGUUUAUGGAACUCGGGGUCCCGGAUUAUCUUCUUCCCAUGAUGUCUAACAACGUUUCCCAGUUAAUUAGUAACACCCUGGCUCUCAACAAGGAACCUUACAAGGAACCAACCUACAAAGAUGGGUUCCCGACAUGGGUGAAACCCGGUGACAGGAAGCUGUUGCAGUCGUCGUCGCCAGCUUCUACGGCGAAUAUCAUCGUGGCCCAAGAUGGUUCAGGGAAUUAUAAGACGAUAAAAGACGCUAUAUCCGCUGCUUCGAAGCGGUCCGGAAGUGGAAGGUAUGUGAUAUACGUUAAGGCAGGCACAUACAAGGAAAACGUUGAGAUAGGAAGCAAGCUGAAAAACAUCAUGAUGGUGGGCGAUGGUAUAGGGAAAACUAUAAUCACAGGGAGCAAAAGCGUCGGAGGAGGAUCCACAACGUUCAAUUCAGCCACCGUUGCCGUUGUUGGAGAUGGGUUCAUUGCUCGUGGCAUUACGUUCAGAAACACCGCUGGUCCUACUAACCAUCAGGCAGUGGCUCUACGUUCAGGCUCCGAUCUCUCGGUGUUCUACAAAUGCAGCUUCGAAGGGUACCAAGACACUCUUUACGUCCAUUCCGAAAGGCAAUUUUACAGAGAAUGUGACAUCUACGGGACCGUUGAUUGGAUAUUCGGCAACGCAGCCGUUGUGUUUCAAAACUGCAACAUAUACGCACGCAAUCCCCCUAAUAAGACCAACACGGUGACGGCUCAAGGCCGGACCGACCCAAACCAGAACACUGGAAUUAUAAUCCACAACUCCAGAGUUACAGCAGCUUCCGAUUUGAAGCCAGUGCAAAGCUCGGUGAAAACAUAUCUAGGGAGGCCAUGGAAACAAUAUUCGAGGACGGUUUUCAUGAAAACGUAUCUGGAUAGCUUGAUUAACCCGGCCGGCUGGAUGGAAUGGGAUGGUAAUUUUGCACUUAAGACGCUGUAUUAUGCGGAGUAUAUGAACACUGGCCCCGGUUCAUCCACGUCUAAUAGAGUCAAAUGGGGAGGCUACCAUGUUCUUAAGAGCGCAAGCGAGGUGUCAAAGUUCACCGUCGGUAACUUUCUGGCUGGGAAUUCUUGGUUGCCGAGCACCGGUGUGCCUUUCACUUCAGGGCUUUAAUUUGUUGCGGUUUCAUAGUUAAUUUAAUUGCUUGUAAAAUAAGUAACAGGGUUUAAUAGGGUUAAGGCUGUAUAAACCCUCAAUAUGCUACUUUCAUACAGGGUUGCCAUCGAUUCUUUGUGUAACGUUGUAAAAUCUUUGUUAAUGAAUAAUAAAGUUGAAUUUCAUCCA